AUGGAUCCCUAUAGAAACAAUCAAUACGGCUUUCGACCACCACCAUUACAGCAACCACCUGGAGGAUAUCCUCCAGCUCAAAUGCCACCACUGGGAAUGCCACCCAAUGCAGCAUCGCCUAUGGGGCUUCCACCUGUUGCUGCUGGCCCACCAUCAGCUGCACCAGUGCCCAGUACACCUCCCAGAGACGCACAAAAAGAUAAACUAAACACACUAUUCGUCGGUGCCAUUGCAGCUGGCGUGUCUGAUGAAUGGAUUGAAACAUUGCUCAAGACAUGCGGUAAUUUGGUGCAUUGGAAACGUACCAAAGACCCCUCUGGAAACCCCAAAGGGUUUGGUUUUGCCACCUACGAUGAUCCAGACAGCGUGUUGUGUGCUUUGCGUGUUUUAGGUGGUGAAAAGACAGAUGGUGUGACAUUAAAAGCACAGGAUGGCAGCAACGUUGAAAAGAAGAUGAUUGUGAAGGCAGACGAUAAUGUACGUACACAUUUAGAGGGGCAUCAACGUCAACAGUUACAACAAGAUGAAGCUAAAACUGUAGCAUCAGAUGAUGAAAAGUACAAUCUCGUUCAACAGUACAUUCAUGCCAUCAAUGCAGGCCAACAACCAGCAUCAGCAGUAGCAGCAACACCUGAAAACGCCGAGACCACGGCUGAAGCCUCUAUUGAUAAAGAGCUUGCCUUCUUCAAGGAGCGUGCUGCAGAGAGAGACGAGCACCACCCUCAGCAACACCAGCAACGACAACAGCAUGAGGGACGCAGAGAUUCAAACGACUAUCCAAGACGACGAGGCGAUGGUUUUGUCAAGGGGCCCACCGAGUAUCAUUCACAUCAACCACCACCACACCUUCAGCAUCAACAGGACAUGGCUACAGAUGAAGAGAUUGAGAGAAGACGACAGGAAAAGCAUGAGCGUGAUGUGGAGAAUGCUUAUUAUCAACGAGAAAAGCGAUUCGAGACAAGAGAAAACCAAAAGCUACGUGAAUACAAAAAGGACAUGAAGCGAGAACUGGAACUGGAAGAACGAGAGAUCAAAGACAAAGCCUACUGGUUGGAGCGUCUGGCCAACUGGGACGACGACGUAGAGAUAGCCAAAGGGGAGGAGCCUUAUUACCACGACCGAUCCAGAUGGAGACGUAUGAGAGAAUCACAGCGCAGAAGAGAAGAGGAGCGUGAUGAAGAAGACAGACGCAGAGAGAUACAAGAAGCUGAAGAUGAACAGGCUCGCUUGGAGGAAGAAGAAAGACGCAGAAAGGAUAGCAGAUUCCUCAACAGAGAAGCAGAUGAUGGCAAGAUUGCUUUGAAACCUACCAAACUCAACUUCAAUAUGCCCAUUAAGAGAAACACAUUGGGUGGUGUUGAUGAAGAUGAGGAAGAGGAAGCCAAAAAAAAGCGUCGUGUCCUUGUCCCUCUGGAUUAUGGAGACAUUGAUCAAGUCAAGACGGAUUACGACGACGAAGAACCUAUAUCUUCAGAGGAGAGACAGCGCAGAGUGAAGCAAUUGAUUGAUUCUAUACCUAGCUCACAGGAAGACUUGUGGAAAUAUACAGUGAAAUGGGAUGAAUUAAAUGAGGACUUGAUCGAAACAAAAUUGCACCCAUUCGUAUCCAAGAAAAUUGUUGAUCUACUAGGCAUGGAAGAGGAUGAUUUGGUUAAGUUUGUUUUGCAGUUUAUCAGAGAGAGGAAAGGCCCCGAUGAGCUUGUGAGUGAAUUAGAAGGUGCUCUAGAUGAAGAUGCCUUGGUGUUUGUGAUGAAAUUGUGGAGAGCUCUUAUUUUUGAGACAGAGAGAAAGUACAAGAGGUUGUAG